GGACAGUGGCAGUAUUGUCGGUACAUCUACCUGUUUUUUUUGUUUUUUUAAAGCAAUAGAACUUUGAUGACUGAUUAUCAUCGCCUUAAUGGGAUCAUCAUUAUCAAACUGGUUACCCAUAAUUCUCUGCUGUGAAUAUCUGCAGACGUCAGAAGAACAUAAGCGGAAGAGGAGGAAUAAACCGCCAUAUACACAACAUGUACGGGUAGAGAAGGGCUGGUUAUUCAACACACAAAUGGAUUUCCUUUGAAUUGGUAAAUUGUCAGAACGAGGAACCAGAACAGAUGAUCCUAUCUUUGAGGAAUAGCCAGAAGGAUGAGGCAGCGAGUCUUUACUGGGGUUGUGACGCAGCUGCAGGACCGCCAUGGGACUGUAGACCGGGAUGUACGCUUUGCAAUGAGUGCUGUAGUAGGCAGAGCGCCCUUGGUUGGCGAGAAGGUGCUGGUGAAGGCGGUGCAGGAUCCUUCGCAGUCUGUCAAGUGGACAGCACAAAGGGUGCAGGUGCUCAAUGGCCAGCCGUUUAAAUCUCCUCCACCGCUUCUACACUCCACGACACCAAACCUGAUGCCGAGCAUUUUGGGAAACAAGCGUCAACCACUGCUCAAGUCACCAAAAAUACCACCACUGAUUCCUGGUAUGCAGCCAAAUCCAGGUGGCAUGCUCCAGAUUCCCCAUCAUCAGAAGCUGCCAUGGUCUGCUCCCUGGGCUGGAGGAAGCAGGAAAAGACACAAUGAGGUUGUGGCUGGGAGGAGAGGCCGAUACUGGGAGGAAGCCGGUGGCUCUUGGGGAGGUGACAAUGCGCACCAGAAGAGACGGCGAUGGAAAGCCCCAUCUGAUGAGGAAGCUUCCAAAAGGAGCACCUCUCAAACCAGUACCAACUCUCCUCUCUUCUCCUUUUUCCCACGAGACAGCCUGGCCUGUGAUAAUCUGGAGCUACAGCGGCGCUACCCACACCUCCAUGCUCCCCUUUCACUCUUUCAUGUUCAGCUUUGCUGGCCUGAGAGCUUCCCUCCCAGCCAUCCACUUCCUCUGGCAGGGCCCUGUCACUUCCAUGUAGGCUCGCAACAACCUAAAACAGAAGUGACUCCAUCUCCAGACUCCACAGACAGCUCCAUCUACUCUGUUAAGGUGCUGUUACUGUCCAUGCCUGACAUUGAGGACUUCUAUACACAGUGUUGUAACUAUGCAGAGGAUGGGAAGGUGCAAGGAGAUGCGGUCCACCCUACAGCACUCUUCAAGUUUCUGUUACUGGAAAAAGCAGGAGAGCUGCAGCUCCCAGGAGGAUCGUGGUCCAAAGAGGACGGGUCCAAUCCAGCCAAAGACAGCAGCACCUUCAUACGCACUGCAGUGCGCUGUGUGAUGGAACAGAUGGAUUUGGACCUUUCAGCUUGUACGCAGUGGCAUAAAAUGACAGAGCUGAGAUUACUUUCUGGGGAUAAAAUGGAGACCGUUAUCAUCUUGAUGCCGGAUGUGUGGAAUUUAGUGCCGACAGCAGAAGAGUGGGCUAAGUUACAGGAAGAGCGAGAGGAACAUGAGUCUCCUCUCCCUGAUGUGCCCUCACUGGUAGUCCAGCCCUCUGCAGGGUUCACACUGUCUACAGUCUCCCUCUUGUCUUUAUUGGGGCCACGGAUGUCACAGUGCAGAGAUGCAUUUGAGGUGGGUUUGGUGAGUGAGCUCUUCAGCGAGAUGCUCCAAAGGGAUUUUGGUCUCCAGCUGUACCACUCCCUCUGCAGCCUGCCUCAGACUCAGACUCUUCCAGACUCUGAAAUACAGGCAGAGGACAUCAGCUCUGCCCUGGAUGAUGAGGCAAAAAAGGAGAGUAAGGACAUCAGAAAGAAAGGAGAGUGUGAUGCCAAGCAAACAACAAGCAAAGAAGGGGGUGAGGAAGAGGAAGAGACCAAAAUGGAGGAUGAACCGGAACAGAGUGAGCACCAGGCAGAGAUUCAGGAAGAGCCUGAGAGUCACACAGAGGGUGAAGAAGCACUGAGUGCUGACAUAGAGCUUCCCCGUAGGGUCCUUUUGUCGUGGGUGUUUUUUGAUCGGCAGCUCUCUGGCUCCCUGAAAGAAGAAGAUGUUCAAAACAUUCUGCUCUCCCUUGGACUCUACCUCACCAAUGCUCAGGCAAAGGAUCUGGCCAGAAAAAUGUCAGUGGACGGGAAGUGCAUGUACCGUAAGCUGUGCUCUCGCUGGACUGACUCAGACGAGGUAGCCUGUGACCUCAGCGCAGAGGGAAAUAAAUCCCUGCUGCCCGGUCUGCCUCGUAAGGAGAAGGGCUCUACCCGUCGCUCAUCCAACAACGCCAACCCCGAUGUCGUAAACUACAAAGGGACCGUUGUGAACAUCCCCAACCUGCUGCAGCACCUCGAAAGCAGCAAAGCAGCACAGCACGAGAUGGAGAAACGGCUCGCUGAACUGCAGGCAAUGCUCGAGGAAGCCAAGGCGAGGCCGGACUCGGAUGAACAGGAGCAGCUGAAGUCCAGGUUAGAGAAAGUCGAAGCCUUAAACAAAACCUAUGAGAAGACUCUAAAAGAGAACGCCGGCCACAUGCUCACUGUCAUCGAGAAGAUGCAAAAAAUGGUAGAUCAGACGACAAGCCUCACAAGGACAAAGGACUUGAAAGCAGAAAAAGACUAAGUUUCUUCACAUGGCAGAGUCAACAGGGGCAUUUGUAAAACCUCGAAACCAAUUUCUUUUUCACCUCUUUUAAAUCUCUCUUGGGAUAUUUAAUGGAGUUGUACAUUUUUUUUAAUUUUCAAAACCUCAGAAUCGCUCCGUUUGACAUUUCAGCCGUACAUUUUUUU